GGUUUAUGCGCGGAGCCACAGAGAUGACAUCUGCAAAGCGCAACAAUCUCUAGUUUUACCAACAUUUACAAGUCUAUGUGUCCUAAUUAGGAACUGUGUGCACCAUCACCAUGUUACCUCCAGUGAAGAAGAACCGUGUCAUCACACAGCUCCCAAAGUGUUUCAGUCGUUCUGCGGCACUGCACACCAAAGACAGUUUCCAUCCUCAGGUCAGAGCUGUGUGUCAGGUGCAGAAACCUGGCUCUAUCAGUUUUAACAUUGCCAAGGUCAUAGUUGUGGGAGAUGUAGCAGUCGGUAAAACAUGCUUGAUCAGCAGGUUUUGUAAAGGUGAGUUUGAUAAAAACUACAAAGCGACCAUUGGAGUGGAUUUUGAGAUGGAGAGAUUUGAGGUGCUGGGAGUCCCCUUCAGUUUACAGCUAUGGGACACAGCCGGGCAAGAGAGAUUCAAGUGCAUUGCUUCAACGUAUUACAGAGGAGCGCAAGCCAUUAUAGUGGUUUUUGACUUGAGCAGCACUACCUCUUUAGCACAUGCCAGGCAGUGGCUGGAGGACUCCAUGAGGGAAAAUGACCCGUCUAGUGUUUUACUGUUCCUUGUUGGCACCAAGAAGGACCUCAGCUCUCCGGAUCAGCUGGAAAAGAUUGAGAGAGAAGCCAUCAGACUCUCAGAGGAAAUCAAGGCGGAGUACUGGGCCGUGUCUGCCAAGUCUGGAGACGGAGUGAGGGAUUUGUUCUUCAGAGUGGCUUCUUUGACAUUUGAGGCCAAUGUUUUGUCCGAACUCGAGAAAAAUGGGUCAAAGCCCUAUGGAGAUAUUAUCAGAAUCACAGACAACAUAGACAACUCAGACAACCCCAAGAGGAAAUCAAAUUGUUGCUGAUGAAGGGUUGUGGAGGUCUCUAAAAUCUCAUGAGAAAAGUACUACAGACUCACUAUUCUGCGCUUGAGAGGAAUGUAGUUUGUCCAUGUCUGACAUCAGCUCAUAAACAUGCAACAAAAACAAGAUGCUCCACCAAUGUGUCCUCUUUGGAAUCUGUGUCAACUGACAAGGCCCUCAACAACCACUGCUCUGUGCUGCACUACAGCUGUGAUUUUCAAACUUUCACGCCAAGUUUUAUCCCAGUAAUGCGAGCCUCAGUGUGCAGUCUUUAGUGGUACAAGCGCACUGUUAAGUAUAGGAGAAAUAAAGUGGGACAAUUUUUUUUUUACUGUACAUGGUUAA